AUGGAACCAGGCACGGUCGACUCUUUCGAUCAGUUGAAACAAACCUUCCUCAACCAUUUUAUGAUCCAGACCGAUUGCCUGUAUUCUGCCGAUGACCUCUAUACCGUUCGGCAGCAAGACGAUGAGCCAUUGAGGGAAUAUGCGGCCAGGUUCAGCCACGAGUAUUCCCGAUGCCCGGAAACUGAUGAUAGAGCAGCCUUCGGUGCCUUCAAAAGCGGCCUUCGGUCGUCUCAAUUUCGCUAUCUGUUCCACAGCAGCAACUGGACCACCUAUUCCGAAUUGAUGAAGCAAGCGGCUAUCCACACCAAGGCCGAACAUUUCAACUCCAAGGGGUCGGUUUCAGCCACAUCAAGCAAGGAAACAACGACCGAUCAGCCUUCGGCACGAGGCUAUGACCGUUUCCCCGCGAAUCGGACAACGGAUCAGGCCCCUUACCGAACGGCACCACCUGUCUCUGCUUUUUCCAGGGCACGAAACAAACGAAAAGACCACUUCCGGGAUCGGCAGGACAGCACCAAAAAGGGCAAGGACUCCGACGGGCGAGGCGACUUCGGAAAUCCGAAGAAGAAUCGACCAGAGGCAAUUUUCACGUUGCUCAACACUACUUAUGAGCACGUUCUCCUGACAGAAGGGGAAAUGAUACCGAAACCGAACAAUCGCAAGCUCCCUCGAUCGAACGAGAAGGAUACAGGAGUCUUCUGCCGAUACCACCAGUACAAUGGCCACGACACAGAAUCGUGCAUCGCCCUUCGAAAAAUUGUUGAGCGCCUCAUCAACGAAGGAAAGCUGGAUCAGUAUUUGAGCACCAAACCAGCAUCGGACAAACCACCAAAUCGGCAGAUCAAUAUGAUUAGUGGGGGGACAUCCAUCGCCGAAACUAGCAACAGAUCUGUCAAAGAUUAUGUCCGUGCCGUUCGGUACCCCCAGAUCCUCAGCGUCAAUGAAAGCCGCACCAACAAGGUCCAGCGAAUCGGUUGA